AACUGAGGUGAGCAUCAUCACCUAAACUUGACAUUCACCUGAAAGCCCUUUGGAGACCUUGUUGGGAAAACCACAACAAGUCCGACAACACACCGACCACGACCAACAAACCUGCAUCGUUGGCGAUCUUGUGCGUGAUGGAGUCCACAUGACCUGUGGACGAGGAAGCAUGCGGGCAACAAUGAAGCAACCCGCUCCUUGAUUACACAUUCGCCUUACUGAGUGGUAACUUCUACUUUCAUCGCCUUCACAUCGGCUUGUUCUCGCCCGCCUUUCCCUAUGGCGUCAGACCUCAUGCCAGUGGUCCCCGGUCAAGCACUGGGCUUCAUCACCUUGGGUUCGUCACUCCAGGAGGUCCUCUCCACAAUCAAAGAGGACAAGGUGACGUAUCCGUCCAUCGACAUCAGCUUCUCGCAGUCCAAGCCACUCGCCGCUCCGGUCAUAGUCAGUCUGCCAGAAAAUGGCAUCCGGUUACGAUUCGACGGGAGUGAUCAACGCCUCAGGUUGAUCGAAGUGCUGGACUUCACAAGAGCCCAGCUUGGAUACAAGGGAAGCGAGAUCGCGAAAAAGCAGGAUGAAGGGAGGGCAUCUUUCAAGAGAAUAUACCAGCUGUUCGGCGCCUCAUAUCCGGGCGAAUACAUACCACCUCCCACAUCGAGUCGAUACGGAACGUAUGUCCUAUCCUGGCCUGGUGUUGCCUUCAACUUUCCUUUGCAACAUUCCGCAUGGGCUCCUGAAAAGGACCAUGUGUCCAUGCUAGGGUCGCAGGCUGCACAACCGGCUACGCACAUGGCACUAUUCGAAGGCAAUAGCUGGACUGAAGCACGCGGAGAAUUGUUCGUCAAGGAGCCAUCUGGUCCGCGGACUGCUGCGAUCAUGAGUCAGCCUCGUGAUGCUCUUCCUGCAGAGCUCGAUCUUGCUUCUAUCCCGGGUUCUGGUAGAAUAGUCUUUGUUCGACGUCCACCAGCACUGUCAUUUGAGCUCGUCAUAGGCCAGACAACUCCCCAAGAUCUAUUGACCGAGCUCGGGCCGCCAGAUGCCACGCACAAGCGCGACACUGCUGUUGCAGCCGAGCCGCCUAUCCACGAUCGGAGACGAAGCAGUAAUGCUCGAUCUCUUGGCAAUGGAUACCAUACGACACCUCCGUCUAGUCUAUCAUCUACUGGAACGGAUACCUUUGAUACCGACUUCGAUUCAGGCGACGCAGAGGAUGACUCCGCUGAGCGGGCGGGACGAGAAGUGUUCUGGUGCUAUUUCAGCCAUGGUUUGGAUAUCCUCGUGGGCCCUCCGACCGACACAACUCACUCGGAAGACCCCGAAUUCCCUCCAACCCCCGUCGCCGCGAGUGCCAAUCUCGUGGUAUUGAAAGUGACCCUCCACGGUAACAUACCCGGAAGCUAUUCCUUCAACCGCCAUCGUCGUCUACGAUGGGCUCUCGAACUUCGCGGCGCUAGCACAACCCUCACUUCCGAACACAUAUUCGACGACAUCAAGCCUGAUCUUCUCCAGGCGUUCCACGGCAUUUGGCCGGACAACGAGAUGUCGCGAGGUCGAGUCGUGAAUCGCACGUGGGGAGGAAGUCCGACGGACAGCAGCUUCUUCCUGCCGGAUGCAGACGAAGAUCUCGUGGAGUCCGGAGGUGGCAGCGAGUCGUGGCUUGGUAAUACGAAGCUGUAUUCGUUUCCUGGUUUGACGUUCGAGGUGUCUAGUAAUGGCGCCAUAUCGGCGUUGACGGUUUCUUGAGAGCGUUGAAUUGAAGAAUCUUAGAACCUUGAGGUUUGGAACUGGUUAUGGAGACAGAUUAGAUCAAUGAAUCAUGCUCUUCUACGCG